AUGCGUCCGUUCGGAAGGACUGGGCACGGAAUUGAACAACAACUCUCGGAGGUUUGGUCAUUGGGCCUGAAUGUGCGGCCAAUGGCGGUUCGUGAUUUCAUCUCCAAUCUGGUUUGGGCCUUGUGCGAGGAUUCACCGGGUGGUUGUUUCUCGGAAGCAGUUGCACCGUCUUGCCGUGUUAUCGAAUUUUCGGGUCAGUCAGCAGCGUUGGUCGAGAGCGAAGGUGGAUUUGGAGUUUGGCGAUGGUUGGACAGAAGGAGACGAGUAGAGAACAUCGGACUCACCGAUUGCUGCAAUCUAACCGCAUUUCUCACGGCCGGUGGAUGGUGGUCGUCUGAGGAUGCCGGAGGAAUGGUGUCUGGAAGCAGGGAGACGAGCAGAGGGUCGUCGGAAUGGUCUGAUAGUGAAAACCUUCGCGGGAGACGAGCAAAGACGGCGCUCCUCACGGCCGGAGGACGACGGUCGUGUUGA